AAAUACCCUUGUAACCACUGCCCAACGCUCACCAAAAGAGAGAAAACAAAAAUACCCAUCUUUGCAGUUUAGCUUUCCCUUGUAUAAGCUUUGCUUAAAAGCAAACAAAAAUGGCAGCAAGAGAGACAUUCAAUGUCACAGCAGCGUCGCCUUCCACGAUUCCACACUCGCCAUGGCAUUCACCAGUUCCCUACUUGUUCGGCGGCUUGGCUGCCAUGCUUGGUCUCAUAGCCUUUGCGCUCCUCAUACUUGCUUGUUCUUAUUGGAAACUGUCAGGGUACCUUGAGAAUGGCGAGAGAGGUGAAGGGGACAGAGACUUGGAAGCAGGAGAUGAGACCCAGAAAGGAGGAGCUACUGUUAUGGAACAAAAGUUUCUUGUGAUAAUGGCAGGCGAAGUAAAGCCGACGUUCUUGGCCACCCCCAUUUCUUCUAGCAGGUCUUCUUCUUUCGGCGAUAAGACCUGUUGCUGUGGUGAAAAGGGUGAGAAAUUGGAGGAGGAAACUACUAGUGGUGAUGCUGAGGAUCAGCAUCAGCAACCCCCGACUCAGGAGACUCAACACCACUGAAUUUCCAGGUGAUGUGCUUAGGCGGAUGGUGGGUUUGGUUCCGUAAAAGAGAGCUCCAGGUUUUGCUUUUUCGAGGUGGGACUCUAUCUAUCUGUACAUCAGCUUGCAUGUCUCUGUUUGCUUUGAGCUUGCCUUCUGUAGCACAUAAACUCUUUUUCUCCUUGUUUUAUUUACACCUGCUUUGGGGUCUCUCUUUUUUUUCUUGUCUGGUCUUCCCUUUCUUUUUACAAUUCAGGAAAUGUAGAUUUUUAUAAAAUCGGAUGCAACGUAUUGAAUUUGCUAUAUAUUAUUCCUCAUUAUCUUCCAAAA